CUCUCUCUCUCACCGUCACACAUUACCGUAUUUGUUAAGAAAUAUUAAAUAAAAAAAUCUUCCUCAAUACAUUUAGGCCUCUGUACCAAAUAAUUCGAUCGAGCUCUGUGAAAGAGUCACUUCUUUUCUUAUAUGUAUCCCCAUCCGACACACUCAAUUCUGACACAAGAAAAGCUUCCAAGACUAUGGAAGAUGAAAGACUAGGCCUGCUAUACUCGAAGCCCAGCAUCCAUGGCGGGAAGGAAUUGAAGAAGUUCGGAUCAUUCCUUAAAUGGGUCUGCGUGGACCAGUCCAGUCUAUGGCGGGCCGGGUUGUCCUGGUCCGUUUUUGUUGUCUUCGCCAUUGGUGUACCUGUGGCGUCUCACUUCCUCCUCGCCUGUCCGACAUGCGACGCCGACCAUAGCCGGCCGUACCAUGUGCCAGCGCAGAUAUCGCUCUCGCUAUACGCAACGGUGUCGUUUUUUUGUCUGUCUCGUUGGGCUCGUAAGUAUGGGCUGAGGAAGUUUCUCUUCAUUGAAAAAUUGUGCGAAACCAGCGAGAAGGUCCGCCAAAGGUAUGAAGACUUUGUUCAGGAAUCGUUGAAGUUUCUGGUAGCGAUCAUCCUUCUCUACUCUGCUGCCGAGUUUGCAUACAAAAUAUGGUGGUACGUCUCAGGCGCCAAGGAAAUCCCAUAUUUCGGCAACCUCAUUCUUAGCGAGACACUUUUCUGCAUGUUAGAGCUCUUUUCAUGGCUAUAUCGAAUCACAUUAAUCUUCCUUGUCUGCGUUCUCUUCCGGCUUAUCUGCUAUCUUCAAAUACUACGACUAGAAGAUUUUGCUCGAGUUUUUCAGAAGGAAACUGAAGUGGGUCUUAUCCUAAUCGAACACCUCAGCAUCAGAAGAAAUCUUCGGACCAUUAGCCAUAGAUACAGACUCUUCAUAUUGUUCUCUCUCCUUUUAGUCACUUUAAGUCAACUCAUUGCUCUGCUCAUGGUAACCAAGUCAAGUUCUCAUGUCAACAUAUAUAAAGCUGGAGAACUUGCGAUAUGCUCUACAAGCAUAGUCACGGGGCUUUACAUAUGCCUGCGUAGCGCGACUAAAGUAAGUCACAAGGCGCAGUCACUUACAGGGCUGGCUGCAAAGUGGCAUGUAUGUGCUACUGUAAACUCUUUUGAUUCUUUGGACGAGGAGACUCCAACUGCGGCGAUGACGAUGACCCAACUUUCAUCUGGUCAAGUUUUUCCUAUUGGCUCCUCCGUGUAUGAGUCGGACGAUGAAUCAGGGAGUGGAGAUGACGAUGAUGGUUUGAACGACACCAAAUUGGUGCCAAUUUUCACUCACACCAUAUCAUUUCAUAAACGCCAAUCUCUAGUGACGUAUUUGGAGAAUAACAAAGCAGGAAUCACAGUGUUUGGAUUCAUGCUGGACAGAACAUGGCUUCACUCCAUUUUUGGGAUUCAACUUGCUCUUUUGCUUUGGUUGCUCAAUAAGACCAUUGGUAUUUCGUAAAUCUUUUAGUGGUAUCCAUAUGUAUAAUUUCUAUUAUCAGUUUUAAAAUAUGUACUUCUGCCAAAUGAUCUUUCUUUCUCUCCCUUUGUUUUACUUGGCAAUUUUGCAAAUUUCUUAUAGCCCUUAAAUCUCAUGAGAUACAAUAAGACAGUUAUAAUUUUAGUGUAUA